UAAAUGCACUGUACUUGUGAAGAACACACGACAUUAUUGUGUCAAAAAAUAUCAUAAACUAAGUAAAAUAUAUAUAUAUAAUGGCGCACUUAUUUCGCACCAAUUCGCUUAUGAACACAAAUGAAACGCCGCCAAGAGCGCAAUUCAAACGAUUCUCCGUUUGUACGGGUUCCCCAUCCACAAUUUGCACCAGUCCGGGCGGUCUUCACGAUGGAACCAUGGAAAAUUCAUAUUCCAGUUUUGAUGCGGCGUUUUGAUGCGGCACGUGCGCCGGGUGGGAUUCAUUCACCGAUGCAGGGACGCUCCGUGCGGGAGCUGGAGGAGCAGAUGUCGACGCUGCGGAAGGAGAACUUCAAUUUGAAGCUGCGCAUCUAUUUCAUGGACGAGGGCGGUCACGGUGGUGGUACACGUGGAGGUGCUGUUAACAGUACGGGUGAAUCCCCAACCAAACAGUUGAUUGAUUCCAAAAUUGAAAUUGAAGUGAUGCGCAAGGAAAUCGAGGAGAAAACAAAUCUCUUGAAGGAUGCAGCCCGUGCGAUAUCACAGCACGAGACUAUGCAACGCAACUCGGAGCUGGAGAGCCAUGCGAUGAUUGAGCAAAUGCAGCAAUAUAUACACCAGCUGGAGGAGGCCGCCAAGCAGCGGGAACCGAGAGCCUCCAUGGAUGCUAUGAACGCUGAAAAAUUCAAGAGCCUGGAAGCAGACGUGCAACGGCUGAAGAACGCUUUGUUGGAGGCUGACUCGAAGGAAGCGGAGCUGAAGCGUCAGCGUGGCGUUAUUACAGCCGAUUUGGAGGAUCGCCAGGAAUCGUUGGUGGCGUGCGAGGCAAAGAUUGCGGAGCUGGCAAUUAAAAAUGCCGAACUGGUUGAACAACUCGAGCGGCAAACACAAACCGAUGAGUUGGCAAAUCUGCGCACUCAGCUGGCCGACAAGGAAUGUGAGCUGCAGGUGUCUAAGGAGCAGCUGGCGGAGCUGGAGCGAGUCUACCAAAAGGCCUGUCGCUCCAUACAGAAACUGAUGCUGAAAGUGAGCAGCCAGGAUGAGGAAAUCAACAGAUACAAAAAGCAGCAGCAGACGCAGCAGCAGCAGCAAUCGAAUGAUGUGGCCACAUCAACAACGACAAUUUCGCCUACCGCUCAGCAGCUGCAUUCGCAGAGCGAUAAUGAAUCCACUGCUGGCUUGGACAUUUCCAGUGGCCUGAAGCAGCGCUACGAACAACAGCUGAAGGAUCAGGAUGAGCUAAUCAAACAGCUGCGGGCGGAUAUCAAAAAGAAGACGGCCAACUUGCAGAAUCUCGUCAACAAGGAGCUAUGGGAAAAGAACCGCGAAGUGGAACGCUUAACCAAACUGCUCAGCAGCAGUCAGCAGCAAUCGCUGGAAUCAACUGCUCAAGAUGAUGCCAUCACUUAUACCGAGGCGGAGUUCCGCAAGACGCUGAAGCGCAACAAAUUGCUGCAACGCAAAGUAGAUGUGUUGCUUCAGCGACUGCAGCAGCUGGAGCAGAGCAGUCAACUGGUGCCACAACUCCGCCAGCAGUUGCAAUCCAUGCAGACGGAUGUGGAGUUGGCCAACAAGUGGCGACUGGAAUGCGCUGAUGUUUGUGCUGUGCUCACCAAUCGCCUGGAGGAAUUGGCUGGCUUCCUCAAUUCGCUGCUGAAGCACAAGGAUGUACUCGGUGUCCUGGCCGCAGAUCGUCGUCAUGCCAUGCGUCGUGCCGUGGAUCGCAGCCUGGAUUUGUCCAAGAGCCUCAAUAUGACGUUGUCUGUGACGGGUGUCUCUAUGGCGGAUCAGAGUCUGGCACAGUUGAGCAAACUCUCGGAAAUUCUGCUCUAUACCGAUGAGCAUCAAACGUUCAAUUCCCUUGAGGAUAUGCAAGCGUUGGGCAAGGAGAGGGAGAAGGAGAAGGACAAAUCGAAGUCGUUCAAGGAGCGUCGUUCGUUGCCUUUGGCGCUGGAUAAUCAAAGUGAAUCGGAGGCUUGGUCGGAGCCUGAUCGUAAAGUGUCCUUGGCACGCAUUGGACUCGAGGACACCUCGAACAGUUUGGUGGAGCAGCAGAAACAGCAGAAGCAGAAGCAGCUGCAGCAGCAGCAACUUAGCGAAUCCGAUAGCGAGGAGCAGCUGCAGCAGCAGCAGCAGCCAACUUUGCCAAGUAGUAGCCAAUCCAAGGAGCGCUCUCGCCUGCAUCAAAUGGAGGCACGUCUCCUCGAAGCCCAAUGUCAGCUGGUCGAUGCGGAUAGUCGGUUCAAGCAGGAGCAGCUGCGUGUCCUGGAGCUUAAUCAACAGCUGGAACAGCUACAAUCGCAAAACCAGGCACUGCAGUCGGAUCUGCGUGCAAUUGGACUGCAAGAGGAUCAGGAAUUGAUUGAACUACAAAACCUGAACGAAUUGCAGACUCAGCAGCUGCAACAGUUGCAAUUGACAUACAAUACGCUCCAGGCGGAUUCUCAAAUCACCGAGUUGGAAUUGCAGGAAGCACAGCGUAAACUGCUCCACAUGGAGGAGCAGCAUGCAACCAGUUUGGAGGCGGCACGCGUUGAACUCUCACAGUUUAAAAUGGAGGCAGCCGAACGUUUGGCGAAGCAGCAGGAGAUCUUGGAACGCGAUUGGGUUGCCAGCUCCGAGCAUGAGGAGCUCAAAUUGCAACUGCUCGACUUGCAGCGUUCCAUUGAGUUCUACGAGGACAGCGAAAAGGAUCUGAAGCAGACCCUUGUCGAGAAUGAGUUGGCGACGCGUGCACUGAAAAAGCAGCUGGAUGAAAGCACUUUGCAAGCAUCUAAGGCCAUCAUGGAACGCACCAAGGCCUACAAUGACAAGCUACAGCUGGAGAGUCGACUGACGGAGCUGAAGCAAACGCUGACACAGCUCCAGGAGCAGCAGCAGCAGCGACUCAUCAAACCCAUCAACAACAGCAGCGAUGUCUCCCAAUCUGGCUACACUUCGGAGGAGGUCGUCGUGCCAGCUACUGUGAGAAUCACCAGCAGCAGCCACAGCAGCAGCAACUCAGCGGCAACGGGUCAACGCCUAAAUAAUCCAUCGCCGGAUCUAGGCAUUGAGAGCGAUGUGGGUCGCGUGCUCAGCGUAGAGCUGGCAACGGCACAGCGCCCACUGCUCAAAACUGUGGAACUGAUUGGAGAAGAGGCAGGCGAGCAAGAUAUUUCACCAGAUACGGAGGAUGUUGCUACGGCUAUGGUUGCUUCUACGAGUACGGCUGUUACUGGACAGACACCGAUGCACGACUGUGCCAAGGUAGAGCAAGAAAAUGCCGAUUUACGGCGUAAAUUAAUACGCACAAAGCGCGCAUUCGAAGACACCUACGAUAAGUUGCGUGUGGUUAACAAAGCAAAAGCACAAGUUGAAAAAGAUAUAAAGAAUCAAAUACUCAAAACGCACAAUGUACUACGAAAUGUUCGCUCGAAUAUGGAGAACGUCUUAUAACAUCCUCAUCAACAUCAUCAUUAUCAUCACUUUGGAUUUUGGGCCCACAAAUCGAGUCGUAUAUUUCUACAAUUGUCACAAUCUACUUAUUGUUUUUUACCACUACUACUAAUCAUUGAAUAUUUUGAUUUAUGAUUUCUGAAUUCUAAUAUUUUUAAUUUUGUAAAUGUCUUGAUGUAAAUAAGGCACGAAAGCACCACUUGCAUUUCUGAAAGAGACUGUGUAUAAAAUAAAAUAAAAUAUAAUCAAAUAAUAUCCUAUGUAACUAAAAAUAAAUGUGUAACAAAUGCAAGUUUUAAAUGACCAACCCAACUACAACUAAACUAAACUAGUACUAAUUACCAUCGUUCAUAUUGAAUGACCCUUUGAAAAUACAUAGUUCAUAAGUGCAUUAACAAUUUCCUGACAAGAUUCUAUAUAUUUAUAAUAUAAAUCGCUCCAUAGAAAAUAACCCAUAUUUUGGAAACUGACGCCGAGUGCCAUUUUUGCCAUAUAAAAUAAUAAUAAAACAAAAUCAUUAACACAUUCUAUGUUGCUUGAAUUAAUAUCUAUAUGUAUAAAAUGAAUCGUUUUUUAUUUAAUUUCCUCGAUUUUUUUGCCAUAAAUUUUUGCUUUCAGUUUGCAAUCGGAACGGAUAUUGAAAUUAUAUUAUGAUUUAUCUUUUUGUAUAAUGUGUACAAAUUUGAUUUCGAAAUGAAAAUAGAUGUAAGUGUUUUUGUAACAUUAUUAGAAAAUAAAAUACACUUAGUUUGUUUAAAAAAAAAA